GGCGAAUGACGUAUUGUUUAUAUAAUCUCAGACCACAGUUUUGUUGGUCCAUCAACAGAACAAGAAGGUAAUCACACAGUUUGGUGUAAUUUAAUACAAACAUAAAUUCGUCAUGUCUCUUAAGAUGAUUGUCCCGGUGUUUGCGGUGAUCUUGGCCGUGGCGAGCGGGGGUCUGGUUGGAGGCCCUAUGGAUGCGGACAAGAAUGAUGAGGGCGUUCAGAAAGCGUUACAGUUCGCAGUGGCCCAGUACAACAGAAUGAGCAAUGAUGCGUAUUUGCGUCAGGUUUCCGAAGUCAUCAAGGUCCAAAGACAAGUUGUCUCUGGCCUGAAGUACAUCUUCACUGUGAAUAUGGCCAGAACUAGCUGCAGAAAGGGUGAAGCUGAGACCCUUUGCGCCAUUCAUGAGGACCCUGCAGUUGCACAGGUCACUGAAUGCAAAAUAGUGGUCUGGAGCCAGCCAUGGAUGAACUCAAUUAAGGUCCUUGAAAAUACCUGCCCAUAGAGCACAUAAUUCUUGUGCAGUUUGGGGAUUUUCAUCAUUGAUGCAGCAAUAAAACUGACUUGCUUUUGCUAAUACUUGUAAAACUCUAAAACUUUAUUGUUGACUAAAUUGGAAGUUUAUUUGUCCUAAUAACCUUCAAUGUCAACAACUGAUCAUGAAAUAAGAAUGCUUUACACUAACACGUAACCAUGCUUCAUUUUAGACUCUAGUUCUUUGAAAAAAAGCUUCAGUUUUUAAGAAUUUCGAAAUAAUAAACGGCAUGUUUCUGUAGUUGUUCAUUCUUUACUAUUAAAACGUGCUUGAAUUA